AUGAUAUGCCCCAAACCGCCAUUUGCACUCAGCCUCGUGAGGCCUUCGGCCCCGGCGAAACUUCCCAUCUUUCCUCUUCUUCCAGACACGGCCAGCGGCAGUCUCGACGACUUGGGCGGGCACUUCGGAGCCGGUGCAGCGGGGAGUACUCUGGAGGAGGUUCUGGAUCGGGCCAAAGGGUGCGGGGAUUCUAUGGGCUCCGCGCUGAGAGGCGGCAUCAUAGAUUCCUUGAGCGCCGGAGAUCACGAGCGGGCGAAGGCAUCUGCCCUCCUCGCUCUGGCGAGCCUCGACCCCUGGUUCUCCCGCCUUAG